UGUCCUCUCUUGUCAGCUGCCAGCAAAAAAGAAGGAGGAAGAAUUCAAUCACAACAACCCCCCUAUCAUUGGGGGCACACAACACGAUGGAGACGCAGCAGGAGCUCGGCGAAUUAAACUGGCUACGGCCCGGCAAGCAGGAAGUAGUUGUGGUAGGCAACUUCGUCGCCGAUGAAGCACCACGACUGCAUGCGGGCUUUGGGGGAUCAUCUGAGCUUGAUGCCGAACGGGCCAGGUUCAUAGAUCCCGAGCCGUAUUCGCGUCUAGAGCAUGCAUUGAAGGACUACAUCGCGGAAACCUUGCGCAUCGAGUUUACCACUUUUGACAACAGCCUCGCAGAUAAAAUUGGCGCAAUGGAAAAAGCGUUCGGCAAGAGCAAGCAAGGGCUCUGGCACCGUCUAUGGUACGGUUUGGGUAACAACAAAGACGUGAUCGAGGCAUGGGUGGACUUGAUCCCGGACCAAUACGGCCUCUCAGUGAUCAAGGCCGGACUUGCAGUCGUGUUCAAGCUUGCCGAGAAUUCCAACGAAAAACGGCAGAGAGUGUUCAAAACUUUCUCGACCCUCCGAGAUUCGUUGGUCGAGCUGCAUCCUGACCGUGGCCGGUUUCUAUCGGAUCCCGACGUUCGCAAAGCUGCUACGGAAUUAUACACCACUAUCAUCCGAUCCAUCGAAGAUAUGGUCCUUGUGCUGACAAUGAUGGAGAAAUCCCGCUGGAACAUGGUGGCUGCCAAAUUUGCUGCUAGACUGAAGCGUGAGCAUGGACUAGAAGAAUCACGACCGACACCGGCCACGAUUCUUCAGACUCUCGAGGACCAUAUCGCCAAAUACGAGAAAGCGAUCGGCCUAGCGCGUGAUCGCGUACAUGAGCGAGCGGAAGCGUACUCCCGCUUCAACGCAACGCAGACAGUUUUUGUACACGAGGUCGCCCUAGCAACCAAGAACGGUCUCGAACGGCACGCGUCGCGUGUUGAGGACAUUGGUGCUCGGCUGAUUGGCGACGUAUCCCAUUUGAGGGAAAUGGCAAACGCAGAUAUUACCCACCGGGAAGAACAAAGUCGGCGGUAUGAAAGCGGCCACUCAGAGGUUCUCAACGCUCUGCGUGGAAGUGAGCGGGAACUACAAAGGGUCGCUCAAGAACAGAGGGAUACCCGAGCCCUGAUCAGAACUCUGCUCCUAGGGUUCAUCAUGGAGUCAAAACAACAAGAAGCAAGAUAUUCCGAGAUAGCAACCCUACAACGACAACAAGCGUCACACACCAGGACCAAACACGCAGCCGUCGUGAGUCUUGAACGUCUCUGCGACAUCCUCGCCCGGCCGCUGUCCACCGCACUCAACCCAGAUGAUCCCCCGAGUCUCGAUCUCAUGUUCCAACAUGCCAGCGCCGAUUUGGGCCACGCCCUGGCGGAACAGGGCAGGUUCCCCCUGAAAGCCCAGGGCCAGGCCCAGUCUCUCCUAGCCACCGACCAGUUCUUCAACUGGAUGUCCCGCUCCCACCCAACCCUCCUCCUCGUCGAUGCCAACAUCCGCGAUUCGGAACUCGAGUCCCUCUCCGCCAUUUCCGUCCUUAGCAGCACCCUAGUGACAAGCCUGAUGGAGGCCUACCCGGACGACGUUGUGAUCCACUUCUUUUGCGGCAUGCACGACUGGCCCAGGGACGCCUGGUACGGACCCAACGGCCUCGUGCGCUCGCUCAUCUUGCAACUCCUCAUGAAGCUCGCCACCAAGGACCCAGACAUGAGCAGCUGGAACCUCGACUUCAUCAACGACCGCGGCUUUCUGGAGAGCCUGGAGCAACACUGUCUAGAUGAUUUGUGCCUGGCGCUGCACUGGCUGCUGUACGAGUUCCCGCCCGACACGUGCAUCUACUGCAUCAUCGAUUCCGUCUCGCGCUUCGACGUCGAUCGCUUGCUGAAGGACCUCGGCACCGUCAUGGAGUGUCUGCGGACUAUUGUUAACGACGCCAGCCUCGUACCCAUCUUCAAGGUCCUCCUUACCAACCCCGGAGAGAGCACGUGGGCGAUCAAGAACAUGCCGCUCUUCAAGGAGGAUCCGUCGCGGAUGGUGUGCUUGAGCAGGGUGAACUUGGUGCCGGCGCAUAUCUCGGGCCGUGCCGUGAGCGAGCACCUGCUCAUGGCUCCUUCAGCUACCGGUCGGAGGUCGCCGUCUCCGUUCAGACAUUCCAGAACUCCGUCUCCAUUCGGGCAUUCCAGAGCUCCGUCUCCGUUCAGGCAUUCCAGGAGUCCAUCGCCGGCUAUUUUAGUGAGCAAGCGGAUAUCUGAGCCCGUACUUCCAGUAAGGGAAGUCUUUGGUGGCGACGGUGUUGGCGGCUAUGACUUCUAAUUAUGGCUAGUGUGGCUGGAGUCUUUGGGACCCGGGUUAUCUGGUCUUGAGGACUUUUUCCGGCAAUUUUCUGAGGCACUCCCGUCCGGAGCUACGGCGACGAAAGCUGGCCAUGACUAGCGUCAGCUCAACGUCCGGAUAUCGCCCUCAAUGAACAUUUGGUUCUCUCGGCGGCUGUCCCUUCAAGACCUAAUUAAUGCAGAUGGGAUGAGACUCGGGCGGACUCUGUGGGAGCAGGCA